AUGCGAUUCACUGCUCUUUGGAAUGUCUGCCUUGUCGGCAUGACAGUUCCCUUCGUAUUUGCACACCCGGGCGAGCACGAGAAACGCGACGCCCGGGCUGAGAUGAUGAAGCGCGAAUUCCGCCAGCAUACUCGUCGAGGCCUGCAAAGAUGUGCCAAGAGAUUUGAGAGCACUGGACUCAAUGCUCGUGCGGAGGCUCGUCGUCGCAGCCUCUAUGAUCUGCACCGCCGUCGUCUGAGAGCUCGUGAUACUGAUGAUGUCCUGAACACCUCUCAUCUGGUCAACGACUCAAGUAUCACUGCCAACUCCUGCGCAGAUUCGCUAUUCAGUAGCAGCUCAACCUGUGUGUUGAACCCUGAGGGUGAAACUGGUCCUUACUACGUCAAGGGCGAGCUGGUCCGCUCCGAUCUCCGUGAAGGGCAAGACGGCGUUCCGAUUAUCCUCGACAUCCAGUUUGUCGAUGUCAGCACCUGUGGGGCCAUCGAAGGUCUGUACGCUGACAUCUGGAACUGUAAUGCCACCGGUGUUUAUUCUGGUCUUGUCGCCGAGGGCAAUGGCAACACUGCCGACACCUCCAACCUGAAUGCUACUUUCUUGCGCGGCAUACAGGCCACCGAUAGCGACGGUGUGGUGUCCUUCAACAGCCUCUUUCCUGGUCACUACUCUGGACGUACAACUCACCACCAUAUGGUCGCUCACCUCAACGCCACUGUCCUGGCAAAUGGGACCAUCACUGGCGGCACUGUCCCACAUAUUGGCCAACUUUUCUGGGACCAGGAUUUAAUCUAUGAGGUCGAAGCAACCUCUCCAUACAGCACCAACACCGUCACGAUCACCACAAAUGCGGAGGACCGAGUCUUCUCCGACGAGACUGCGGGUUCCACGUCGGACCCGGUCUUGAGCUACGUGUGGCUGGGUGAUGAUCUUAGUGACGGCCUGCUGGGCUGGGCUACUGUUGCAGUUGACACGUCUGCUACCUACGACCCGAACUAUAGCUUUGUAUACACCUCUAGCGGUGGUGUUGCCGAGUCUGGCGGUGGCUCUUCCAGCUCCAGCUCUUCCGGCACUUCCGGCUCUCCCGGCUCGUCUAACUCGACUGGCCCUGCUGGGGCUAGUGGUACGCCCCCUGCCUAG